CCAGUACCCACUUGAUGGCUUCAGCAUCCAUAACGAAAGAUCCAGGGGACCUAAUGGUGAGAGCUGCAUUAAUCAUCCAAAAUUGGUACCGACGGUACAGAGCUCGACUGAGCGCCAGACAACAUUAUGCCCUCGCCAUCUUCCAGUCUAUCGAAUAUGCUGACGAGCAAGGCCAGAUGCAGCUAUCCAGCUUCUUUUCUUUCAUGUUGGAGAACUAUACCAACACACACAAGGAAGAUUCAGCAUUAGUAAGUCGACUUUUUGAAAACACCAGGCUCGAAAGCAAGGAUAGAGAGGAAUACGUGGGGUUGAUAGAUGUGCCUGACUCCUAUGAUGGUCCUCGUCUGCAGUUUCCUCUCACGUUUACUGACAUCAAUUUACUUCUUCAGGCCUUCAAGCAACAACAGAUCCUUCAUGCUCACUAUGUCUUAGAGGUGCUAUUUGAAGCCAGGAAAAUCCUGAAGCAAAUGCCGAACUUCACUCGCAUAAAAACCUUUCCCGCCAAAGAAAUAACAAUCUGUGGUGAUUUGCAUGGGAAACUGGAUGAUCUUAUGUUAAUUUUCUAUAAGAACGGCCUGCCUUCAGAGAAGAAUCCGUAUGUGUUUAAUGGUGAUUUUGUAGAUCGAGGAAACAAUUCCAUGGAGAUCCUAAUGAUCCUGCUUGUUAGUUUUCUUGUCUACCCCACUGACCUGCACCUCAAUAGAGGGAACCAUGAAGACUUUAUGAUGAACCUGAGGUAUGGCUUCACAAAAGAAAUCUUACAGAAAUACAAGCUACAUGGGAAAAAAAUCUUACAAGUCUUGGAAGAACUCUAUACCUGGCUCCCAAUUGGUACAAUUAUUGACAAUGAAAUCCUGGUCAUACAUGGUGGGAUAUCAGAAUCCACGGACUUGAGUAUACUCCAGCAACUACAGAGAAAUAAAAUGAAAUCUGUGUUGAUGCCACCAGUGUCAACAAAUCAAGACUCUAACAUAAAGAAAAAUAAAGUAGGUUCACCCAGUGCUGCAGCAGGGCCGAGCGAACAGUCUGCUUCUGAACAGUUGACAAAGCUGGAAUGGGAACAGAUCAUUGACCUUCUGUGGAGUGACCCCAGAGGCAAAAAAGGCUGUUAUCCAAACACAAGCCGAGGAGGCGGCUGCUAUUUUGGACCAGAUGUUACCUCUAAGGUUCUUAAUAAAAACCAGUUGAAGCUGGUCAUUCGGUCUCAUGAGUGUAAACCUGAUGGGUAUGAAAUCUGUCAUGAUGGAAAGGUCAUUACUGUAUUUUCUGCUUCUAAUUAUUAUGAAGAAGGCAGCAACCGAGGAGCUUACAUCAGACUAAGUUAUGGUACAUCUCCACAAUUUUUCCAGUACCAAGUGACUAGUACAUCAUGCCUGAACCCUCUUUACCAAAGGGUGAAUGCUAUGGAAUUCAGUGCCUUCAGGAUACUAAAGGAAAGAAUGAUUGCACGAAAAACUGACCUUAUCAAUGCUUUUGAGCUCCGAGAUCAUAGUAAGACAGGAAAUUUGGUAUUGGCCCAGUGGGCUUUUUUUCUAUGGGAGAGCAUUUUGGGGCUGAACUUACCGUGGAGAUCUCUGAGUUCGCAUCUGGUAAGCACUGACGCCAGCGGAAGCGUCGACUACAUGUCCAGCUUUGAUGACAUCCACAUUGAGAAGCCUGUGAAAGAUAUGAAGUCUGAUCUCAUUGAAACUAUGUACAGAUACCGAUCUGACCUGAAAAUCAUAUUUAAUAUCAUCGACACCGAUCAGUCAGGUAUGAUCUCCAUGGAUGAAUUCCGGACCAUGUGGAAACUUUUCAAUGCUCAUUACAAAGUUCAUAUCGAUGAUUCCCAAAUUGACGAGCUUGCCAGCACAAUGGACUCCAACAAAGAUGGCAACAUAGACUUUAACGAGUUUUUAAGGGCUUUCUAUGUAGUCCAUAAAUACGAGAUGCCAGAGAACCCUUUGAACAAAUGAGAGAGCUUAGCAUGAACAAAACCUUCUCCCAGCCCCCUUGAAAACAGCUGACCCCAACUCUCAGCCUUAACAAGAGCCCUUGAAACUCAUAGUAGUAGAGAAAAGUAGAUCCUAAUUUGCACCAUAAGUAGAUGCACAGUGUAAGUGUUGGCAGGCUUUAGCGAACUGCUAUUGCUAAGACUACGUUAAAUAUCAGUUGAUGAGAUUCACUUCCAUUGCCAGUGAUAAACUGGGUUUGAGCCUGGGGCUGGUCUCAGAUGAUACCUAACCAUGAGACCAGAGAAAUUUAGAAGCAUAUUCAAAGGAACCCAGAGAGCAGGAAGAGAAAUCAAUAGGUGUAAUAUCUGUG